AACAGAGAUAACUACAUCCAUUCCUGCAGAUUGCUUCCAGAUGGCUGCACCCUGAUUGUCGGUGGGGAAGCCAGCCUGUUAUCCAUUUGGGACCUGGCAGUUCCAACUCAAUGUAUUAAAGCAGAUAUAACAUCUUCUGCUCCAGCUUGCUAUGCCCUAGCUAUCAGCUCCAAUUCCAAGAUUUGCUUCUCUUGCUGUAGCGAUGGGAAUGUUGCAGUGUGGGAUCUACAUCAUAACCAGACAUUAGUAAGGCAAUUUCAAGGCCAUACAGAUGGAGCCAGCUGUAUUGACAUUUCUAAUGAUGGCACCAGACUAUGGACAGGAGGCUUGGUCAAUACAGUCAGAUCCUGGGACCUCAGAGAAGGGAGACAGCUACAACAACAUGACUUUACAUCGCAGAUCUUUUCAUUGGGCUAUUGUCCAACUGGUGAAUGGUUGGCAGUGGAAAUGGAGAACAGUAACGUUGAGGUACUGAAUGUUACUAAACCAGACAAGUAUCAGCUGCAUCUUCAUGAGAGCUGUGUGUUGUCACUCAAAUUCACUCACUGUGGCAAAUGGUUUGUAAGCACUGGAAAAGAUAAUCUUCUUAAUGCCUGGAGAACACCUUAUGGAGCCAGUAUAUUCCAGUCCAAAGAAUCCUCAUCUAUGCUUAGCUGCGAUAUCUCCGUGGAUGACAAAUAAAUUGUCACUGGCUCUGGGGACAAGAAGGCUACAGUCUAUGAAGUUAUUUAUUAG